CUUGAUGGGUUUAAAUUUACAGUGACCUGUAAUUUUUUGCUCAAGUCAGUGUCAUUUAAUUUGUUAAUUUAGUAAAUAUUUAAUUGAUUUACUAAAAUACAACAUCUUUUGGGCCAUUUAGUUAAGAAGUGGUUAAUUUUAAUAAUUAAUAGUAUUGCUUGAAAAAGCUUGGUUGGGUAAAAGUUACAGCGACCUGUAAUUUUUCGCUUGGGACGCCGGCUGAGAGAUGGUUCUCUUGAUCAAACUGUCAGUUAAAUGUCGCGAAUUUUGGCGGGAAUAUGAAUAAAGGGUUUCAGGAGGGUGAACGCGAGUUUAUUUUUCCAAAUCGGGACAAAUAUUCGGGUCAAUUUUGUGCUCAUGUGAGUGGUAUAGCAUGGAGACAAGGUCGUGGUAUUUACGAGACGCAUGAUAAUCAACACUAUGAAGGAAAUUGGAAAGACGACAAAUUAAAUGAAGAUGAAAAUUUGCAAAUUAUUUUUAAAAAUAACGACAGUUAUGAUGGAAAAAUCAAAAAGUAUAAAUACAACGGUCCGGGGACUUACACGUUUCAUAGAGGGGGUCGAUUAUGUUGCGAUUUUUUGAAUAAUAAACCUUCAGGUAAUGUGAUUUUUAUUGACUACAAAGGACAUCUUUGGUUUGGUGAUGCAGGUGUAGAACAUACGUUGCUCUACCAAGAGCACAUUUUUUCGCAAGAAUUGGACCCAGAGAGGGGCAAAGGGCGGCCCUUAAUCAAAGAAACAACAAUCAAAAAUGAAGAGGAAGAAGAAGAAGAAAUAACAGAAGAAGAAAAACCUGAUUUGAAAGAACUAGAGAGACAAGUUUUCGCUAAAAGUACCAAAACCAAGUCUGAUAUCGACUUUGAAGACUCUGAUUGGUUCAAAAACUAUCAAAAAAGCACAGAAUUGAGAAAAAUUGUCUUGGAGAAAUUGUCAACUUUGGGUGUUUCGAGUCUCACCGAUGAAGAAAAAACGUGGUUCAAGGAGUACUACACAAGUGCGAAAAUUCUCGAAGAGAGGAAGAAACCGAAGAAGAUUAAUCAUGAUUUGUUGAAGCAACAUUUCGAUGAAGAAUCGAAGAAUACUUGCCCGCCAAGUUGCAUUUUUUAUGCUUCAAAUUUCAGUGGAGAAAAUUAAUUAAAAUUUAUUUGUGAUUGGUAUCGGGACACCUGGGGUCGUGGGCGAUUCGAAUUUAAAAAA